GGGAGUGGAUAGACACGAGAUAAAAGAAGAGAAUGUGUCUUGCCCUGUGUACACCCACACAUCUAUUCGUAAACACCUUCACGUCAAACUGUACAUUAGACUUUUUUUGAACAACAAAAAGCGAGGAAGAGUUCCACAAUAUACCACUUUUGGCGCUGGAAAUUACAUACCAUGAAUGCUGAGGAGUUCCGUCGUCGAGGAAAGGAAAUGGUUGACUUUGUAGCCGACUAUAUGGAGAAUCUGGAGCAGAGACCGGUCUUUCCAGAUGUAGAGCCGGGUUAUCUCCGAUCCCUAAUCCCGACUGAGGCACCGCUGGAACCAGAGAACUAUGACGAGAUCAUGAAGGAUGUGGAGCGAGUCAUAAUGCCUGGGAUUACCCACUGGCACAGUCCAUACUUUUAUGCUUACUUCCCUGCAGCCUCCUCCUACCCUGCUAUGUUAGCAGAUAUGCUGAGUGGAGCCAUUGGAUGCAUUGGAUUUUCUUGGGCUGCCAGCCCAGCUUGCACCGAGCUGGAAACAGUGAUGUUAGACUGGUUAGGAAAGAUGCUGCAGCUGCCAGAGUCUUUUAUAGCUGGAACUCGUGGUCAUGGAGGAGGUGUCAUCCAGGGCACAGCCAGUGAGGCGACCCUCAUGUCCUUGCUUGCUGCCCGUUGUAAAAUUGUCCGUCGAGUCCAGUCCAUCAACCCAGAAAUGUCUGAACCUGAGAUUUUCAUCAAAUUGGUGGCGUACACAUCGGAGCAAUCUCAUUCGUCCGUGGAGCGAGCAGGUCUGAUUGGAGGCGUGAUGAUGAAGAAAAUCCCGACGGACAGCACUUAUGCUGUCACUGGUGAUACGCUCAAGAAAAUUGUAGAAAAGGACAAAGAAGCGGGACUCAUCCCUUUCUACUUCUGUGCAACGCUUGGCACCACUGCAUCAUGUGCGUUUGAUCAUAUUUCGGAGCUGGGGCCAAUAUGUAAUGAGCAGAACAUAUGGAUGCAUGUUGAUGCUGCGUAUGCUGGGAGUGCAUUUAUCUGUCCUGAGUUUCGGCCUUUGUUGAAUGGCAUCGAGUUUGCUGAUUCUUUCAACUUGAACCCACACAAAUGGCUGUUGGUCAACUUUGACUGCUCUGCCAUGUGGGUGAAGAAGAGGCAGGACAUGAUUGGAGCCUUCAAAGUAGAACCACUCUACCUCAGACAUGAAAACCAGGAGUCAGGACUAGUGACCGAUUAUCGGCAUUGGCAGAUUCCCCUGGGAAGACGUUUCCGCUCCCUCAAAAUGUGGUUUGUCUUUCGCAUGUACGGCCUCCAAGGAUUACAGGCUCAUAUACGCAAGCAAGUGGGCCUGGCCAAGGAGUUUGAGAGUCUGGUACGAGCAGACAAGAGAUUUGAGAUCUGUGCUGACGUCAUCAUGGGUCUGGUUUGCUUCAGGCUUAAGGGCUCCAAUGAGCUGAACCAGAAUCUGCUGAAGAGGAUCACAAAGAGGAGAGAGAUCCACUUGGUGCCUUGUCAUCUGACUGGACGCUUUGUCCUGCGCUUUGCCAUCUGCUCACGCACCACUGAGUCUCAUCACAUCCGGGAAGCAUGGAGACACAUCACACAGCUGACCUUUGAACUCCUGCAGGAGUCCAUUCAAUGACGACUAGGCAAGCGAGCAAUGCCCAUUUUGAUGCCUUCCGCCAGGGGUGUCAAACUCAUUUUUGUCACGGCCCACUUUGGAGUUAUAUCUUCCCUUGGAGGACAGCUAUGACAGUGAAACAAAAAAAAAAGU